AUGGGAAACGGCACCAGUGUCACUGAAUUUGUCCUGCUGGGGCUCACAGAUGCCUGUGAGAUGCAGAUGCUCAUCUUCUUGGGGCUCCUCCUGACCUACCUCCUAACUAUCAUGGGGAACCUCCUCAUCGUGGUCAUCACCCUCAUGGACAGGCGCCUCCACACCCCCAUGUACUACUUCCUCCGCCAUUUUGCUAUUCUGGAGAUCUGGUUCACCUCAAUCAUCUUCCCCAAGAUGCUGACCAACAUCCUGACAGGAGAUAACACAAUCUCCCUAGCAGGUUGUUUUCUCCAGUUUUUCCUCUAUUUCUUCCUGGGCACCACGGAGUUCUUAUUACUGGCAGUGAUGUCGUUUGACAGGUAUGUGGCCAUAUGUAAUCCCUUGCGUUAUGCCACCAUCAUAAGCCAAAGGAUAUGUGUACAGCUAGUUCUUUGUUCCUGGAUAGCAGGAUUCCUUCUCAUCAUUGUUCCAAGUAUCAUCACAGUUCAGCAACCAUUCUGUGGCCCCAAUACCAUUAAUCAUUUCUUCUGUGACAGUUUUCCUCUCCUGGAACUCAUAUGCACAGAUACAAGUCUGAUAGAACUUCUGGGUUUUGUUGUGGCCAAUGUCAGCUUAUUGGGCACUCUGUCUGUGACAGCCACCUGCUAUGGCCACAUUCUCCACACCAUCCAGCACAUCCCCUCAGCCAAGGAUAGGCAUAAAGCCUUCUCAACCUGCUCCUCCCACAUCGUUGUUGUGUCUCUCGUCUAUGGCAGCUGCAUCUUCAUGUAUGUCCGGUCAGGCAAGGGCAGCCAGGGGAAGGACAGGAACAAGGUGGUGGCCUUGCUUAAUACUAUGGUGACCCCAAUGCUCAACCCAUUCAUCUACACUCUGAGGAAUAAACUGGUGAAGCAAGUAUUUAGGGAGCAGGUGAGCAAGCUCAUCUCACAAAGCUGUGGAAUUAAGAGGCUAGAGCUAAUAUUUCCAGACAAAGUUCAGAGAAUAUCAGGUCCAAAGAAUAAACUGAGACUUUCCCUUUGA